AAAAGUAACUAAAAGUCGUAGCAAAAAGUAAAAUAAGGAUCAAUCAGUACUAGCAAUAUGUCCAUGUCUAUUCGAUGUAGAACAUGUGGAGAACGAAUUUAUAAUAUGAAGGCAGGGCAUCUCUUUAAAAGUCAAUCGAAUCCUGUCCUCAACAAGAUUAAAGCUUUGACUGGAAUUUUGAUAAUUCAAGAGUCCGGAAUGCCAGAGCAUAUUUGCGCUUGUUGCCUUAUGGACUUAGAUCAUGCCAUUGCAUUCCGAGAACGGUGCAUAAAAACACACCUUCUUUUGCUGAAGUGGAAAAAAAGGAUCGCUCCGGCUGAUGGGCGCCAGACCUUAUUGGAUUGUUUGGACGAGAUCGAUCCGUUAAAUAGUCCGGAUUUGGAUACAUUCGGAAAGGAUGAAGUCUCAGAAACAUUGGGACAGGAAGAUGGAAUAUCAGAUGAUUUGGACGGUAUUGAGAACUCGGAUGGAUUUGUCCAGGGUGAAGUUUUAAGUGAUUCUUUGAGUGAAGAUGAUUCCGAUAAUUCCGAUUUAUAUAAAGCUAUAGAGUCUAGUUUAUCAGAUAAGCACACGGCUCCACCAAUUCCGUCAGAUUCGAGCUCCACAAAAAAGUCGAUUCAACAGCCAUUAAGUAGUAGCAUUGCUUCGAAAAAUUCAAUUGUGCGCGCCCACACAAGAAAUGCUAUAGUGCUAGCUCGUCCGCAGCCGGGUACUUCCGUAUCAACCUCAUCCAGAAUUGCACGACCUCAGCCCGCACCAGUAACAACAACCAUCUCUUCACACCUUUCUCAAAAGACGCGGCCUGUAAAUAAAUCACGAACAUCAAAUUCUGGUCACAAACAGAAUGGUCAAAAAACAAUAAAACCAUUAAAUAUAGCAAAACCGCCGUCCAUAAAUGAUGAUACACCACUCAGAAGCUACGUCUGUGACCAAUGUGGAAGAACAUUUAGUGAUGGAAGCAACCUCAAAGUCCAUUUACUACGGCACACCGGCGUUAAAAAUUUCGAGUGCGAGCAAUGCGGGAAUAAAUAUUUUACCCAUCACCUAUUAAACCUACAUAUAAGAGUGCGACAUAAGGGCGAAAUGCCAUACGCCUGUAAAUUUUGUGACCAACGUUUCUACACAAGCACCAGUCGGUGUCGGCAUGAAAGAAUACAUCAAAACAAACGGCCCUUCGUAUGUAAAUACUGCGGUAAAGCAUUCUUGACUAAAUCUUGUGUGAACAAGCACGAGUUUAUACACUCAGGACAGCGACCUUAUCGAUGUGAAAUUUGUGACGUAGGUUUUCCUCGGAAUACAAAUUUAAGAAUACAUUUCCGCUCCCAGGCUCAUCAAAAAAAGGCUAAAGAAGAUGCGGAAGGUCAAGAUGAUGUACAAAUGGACAAUCUAGAGGGUGAGGCAGGAACAAAUAACGAACCUACGAGCGAAAAUAACACAGAGGGUGCUGGUCAACCCAAUUCAAGUUCAAAAAAGUCGAAAUCCAAGCCAAAAGCAGAACCGAAGAAAAGAAACUACCAUCGCGUUUGCGACUACUGUGGACAUGCUUUUAGGAGCGCGCAUAAUUAUAAAAUGCACGUCCUCCGACAUACCGGAGAAAAGCCGUUCUCAUGCAAUUUAUGUGAACGAAAAUUCUAUGCAAAUUAUUAUCUGCAAAUGCACAUUCGGACGGUGCAUGAGGGCAUAAGUCCUUACCCUUGUCGGUACGAGAACUGUGGUAAAAAAUUCAAUGAUGCUUCUACAAGACGUUGUCACGAGAGAAUACAUUCACAACAAUAUCCCUACCGUUGCUUGUACUGUAACAAGGGAUUUAACAAAUCAAAACAGUGCACAGAUCACCAAAGUACACAUACUGGAGAAAUACCAUUAACGUAGGUUGUUCAAUCUUACAACCCAGAUUGUGUAGGCAUUUUUGUUUUAAAACUAACGUGAAUUUAAUAAAUACCAAUAAAUUGAACAUUAAAUCACUUCCAAAA